GACGCCUAGCGGUUACCAAGAAAACUGCAUUAUGACGUGCAAACCGGGAGAGUGGCCCGCCCGACAGGUAGAAUCCGACACCUUUAGUCUACCACGUCAAGCAAACAAAAUGCCGAGUAGCCGUCCAAGCAAAGAAAAAGAUACGGAUGACAUGGAGAAAUUCCCGCCAACCGCUACACUACUGCGCCAUACCUGCACGUUGGUGAUGAUGAAACUGAUGAGUGCUCACCUCGCUCCCCUCCUCACCUUACUCAUCACCUUCCUCACCUUCUUCCCAGCCGCAACACAGGACGACAUUGGAUUUGACUCCGGUAAGUCAUCACCGGGUCAUCAGGAGCUCCCCCUGACCGUCCACCGGACCCUGGUCAUCAUGGGCAUCCUCACGGUCUGCAUCAUCCUGGCCUGCGCAUGCUUCGGAGUCUGCUACAGGAGGAGGAUACGAGCUCAAGAACGCGCUCACGAAGAAGCACUGAAUGCCCCUCCUCCGAGUUACUACGACGUCGUGACGGAACCGGUAGAGAUAGUGGACGAGACGGGAGCCUCGCCGACACACCCCGUAGAUUUCCCUUCCUCUUCCCCCGGUGGACCUACAGUGUCCCAGGACUUUGUCUAUACACCCAUACAGCUGCAGAGCUCACAGCAAGUCAUAACACCGCUGUCCGUACAAGCCUUACUGCGGGGUGUUAGAAUGUCCCGGUUAGUGGCGCAAGACUCGGCGGAAAGACAGAGGCAAGACCGGCGGCAGCAAAACGAACAAUACGCCGAUGACGAUUUUGAAGACCCCCCUCCAACAUAUGACACUUACAUGAACUAUUCCAUAACUCCUACUAAAAUCAGUGACGGCUAAAUAUUGCUCAUAAUGAGGCAUUUUUCAGCGAACCAGGUGUAUUUUUUUCAGAUAGUAACAACUAUUUAAUAUAUUCAUAUUGAAUAACAAAACGGCAGCUUAGAUGAUGAUAAUAAUCACCUAGAAAAUUAGUAUGCAGAAUACGUUCAAAAAAAAAGAAUACCUUCAGUAUUACAUUUUUUAAUGUUUUGUUAUACUGUACCUAUACUGAAGCGAUGUAAUCGCUGACAUUUAUAUAUAUUAUUCUAUAUUUCAAGUGUAUUUCAACAGUUAUUAUUUUUGACGUUGUUAGGAGAUUUAUUUGAAGACAAGGAAGCAAAAUGGAUUUGUAUUAAAAAGAAUUCUUGGUUUCCAAAAUGAAGUCUUUUUGUAACUGAUUGAUGUGUCACAGUACCUCACUCACUCACUCCACCCACUCACUCACACUCACUCACUCACUCACUCACUCACUCACUCACACUCACUCAC